GGUGACUCACGUCCAUGUCCGGAAUUUCGGUUAUUCAUCUCUUUUUUCCGGCUUUGUUUUCCUGAUUCGCUGUGGCAAUAUACUGAGAAUCAAUUUGCACAACUUGUGGAUAUUUUAUCACAAUUUACUCUGUCGCAAUUCCUCCAAGUAAUCUGCUCCUCCUCGCUGGUGUUCUCUGGUUUCAAGGAUCCGUCUUAAGAAAAUUCCACCAAGUAUUCAGUUUCCCGAAGAGGAGGUUUCAUUCUAAGAAUUUCAUAUCUUCCUCCGAAAAUGGAUCUGUCAUUUUUAGAAAGUGGAGAUUCUGCGGUCAGAGACUUAAGGAAAAUGGAUCAGUAUCAAAAUAGACAAGAUAUGGUGACUAUUCCUCUGGAUACUGUGGAAUCGCAUUGGCAGAUGGUCUUCAGCAAGUAUGAUCGAAAGGGAGAUGGCCACAUACCUUUGAAAGAAUUGAAAGAUACGCUGGUCAGAGAAACCAGUCAUGAAUUGCCAGAACAUGCAGUCAGGAAAAUAAUAGCAAAAGCAGAUUUGAACCAAGAUGGCUACAUUCAAUUCCCAGAGUUCCUCAGUUUAGUUGAAUCCAAAGAGGGCCGCAUUGUCAUGGAUUCUGUAUUCAGAAGAUACGUAAAGUCCACUAUACCCCCCAGAAAAUCUCGCAAAACAAGGCAUGAUUUGACCGAUGGAGAAUAUGAAGAUGAAUAUACAUGUAAUCCACCUGCUGUUUGUAUGCUUAUUGUUAGCAUAAUUGAGAUUUUAAUAUUCCUGUGGAAUGUUGUGUCAACAAGUCAUAACCAGUUUCUUGGACCUGUGGCUAGAAACUUAAUUUACGAUCCACACAAGAGGGAUGAAAUCUGGAGGUACCUCUCCUACAUGUUUGUACAUAUUGGACACGUUCAUCUGAUAGUCAACUUGCUGGUGCAAAUAUUGGUUGGAGUUCCUCUAGAGAUGGUACAUAAAUGGUGGCGAGUUCUUUCAAUCUAUCUAGCCGGAGUAAUUGCCGGCUCGUUGGGAACGUCAAUUGCAGAUCCGUCUGUGUUUCUGGCUGGAGCAUCUGGAGGUGUCUAUGCAAUUAUCGCUGCUCAUGUUUCUACCAUCAUUUUGAACUGGUCUGAAAUGGAGCAACCUGGUUUACAAUUAUUAAUCUUCAUCAUCAUCGGUGUGGUUGACAUUGGAACUGCCGUUUACAAUAGGCACACUGGAGCUCCACAAAGUCAACAAAUCGGUUACGCUGCUCAUUUAGCCGGUGCGCUCGCUGGUCUGUUGGUGGGUGUCUUCAUGCUGCGUAAUUUAGAAGUUAGGUCUUGGGAAAAGAAGCUAUGGUGGAUUGCACUUUUCAUCUAUGUGGCACUCAUGUUUGUAGCUAUAGUAUGGAACAUCGCAUAUCCUAGCUAUUUUCCUCCUCCAUACAAGUAUUAAGGAUCCUUUUAUGUCAAAGAGCCUACUUUAUGAUAUCAGUAUUGAAAUGCAUUGCAGCUAAUUGAGCUUAUCUAUAAUUUUUGUUAAAACUCUCUGGCCAAAUAUUGGUUUUUAGAUUUUUUACGCACAAUUUUUUUUUUUUAAAAAAAAAAGACUGAAGCCUAUACUUUGUCUGAGAUAUUUUCAUGAUUUGACUAAAAUAGCUGGAAGAAAAAAGUUGGUCCUCUUACUGUAUCACCAAUUUAAUUUUUUUAACAUAAGUACCUCAUAUAUCACUUCCAGUUUCCUAACAGGACUUUAAAGUGUAAUUGAGUGUAAAUGGUUGCCUUGAUUGUGAAAUCGUUGUUUAAUUUGACAAACUUUGCCAAGAAAUUUUUCUCACAGUUUCAUGCCAACUUCAACGUAUCUUUUCUGCCCCCCAAGCAUUGAACAUCCUUGGCCGUUUUUAAGAAAUUUAAAAUCUCUAAUCUUGUAUUAUAAAAUAGUUGUCUUCUCUACAAGAUUCCAAAUCUUGUCAAACAUCAGAGGGUUAAAAGAAAAGGACAUCUACAGUAAGGGUUGAUCUCAAGCUUGUCUGGAAAUUUCCAUCGUAUUCAAGGACAGACUUGCCUAGUUUGAUGAAGUCCAUGCACUGUAUGGCCCUCUUUCCUUUUUGUUGCAAAACAUGUAUUUAUUUUGAUUUUUAUCUAGAGCUUACAGCUGCCUUCUACAGUGUGUAAGUAAAAUUUGUUUAUAUCUAAAGUUUAAACUCGUUAGAAAAGAAAAUUUACACUUUAUUUAAAUUAUUAUGUUAUUAGAAUAUAGAACGAGCCGUGCUCGCUCAUUGGUUGUGCUUUUUGUAUAACUAAUCAUAACCAGUAGAACUAUUGGUCAACUUGGGAUUCUUGUCAUUACGACAACUGCAUAAUUUUUAUGUAAUUUUUUCUUUUGUUCAUUUAUUCAUUUUUUUAUAUUGAUUUUUCUCUUUGACUAAUUUGAAAUACUUUUUUUUGUGUGUUUCUCGUCCAUUUCCUACUUAAGUAUUCGUUUUGUACUGAUGAGAUAGCGUUUUUUUACUCUACUUGUAAUAGGUUCACCAACUUAAUUUAGUUUCAUUAUUUACAAUUUUCUUACAACUUCUUCUGUUCCUACUUUCAAUAGUCAAAAAUAUUCAUUUUUUACUAGCAUGAUAGAAUUAUGAAUGGCUAAGGAAUAUUUGGCCUGUAAAAUUAUUAUCACUUGGUUGGAGCAAAAUAAUUUUAAUGUUUAACCCAUAUUCAUUGGAAAGCCUAGAGCUACAAAAUACUUGCAACUUUUGCUAGGAGUCAAUAAGUAGUAUCCAAAAUGGACGUAUUUCUGUCAAACGGAACUACAGACUUGUAGGAGAGAUGGAGUGUGCUCUAGAGAGCUGCGCAAGAAACAGUGUAUAAGUGGACGUGAUUCCCUUCGAGAUUUUACGUUCUGUCAAACGGAACUAUGUGCCAACUGAAUGCAGCACUCAUGAUUACUCAUGAACGAUGGGCAUAUGACAAGAGCGUUGCAGACAGAGCUCAUGACUUAAAGAUGCCCACAGGAAACCGCGGCGGCGGCCUCGUUGCCGCUAUUGUCACUGGUGCUUAAUAAUUCUGAUUCAUUCUUACGGCCCUCAACUAACAAGCACACCACUUCAUUCCAUUCGUCUCUGGUUCCGUUUGGCAGAAAUACGUCCAAAUGUUACCAUGCCAGGUAAACUCGAAGCAUGAAAAUUAAAUGUACGAAUUAAAAAGUUAAUAGAAGUAAACUGUAAAAAUCAACACAGGAGAGACUAAAUGAUAGACUACGGUUCUCUGUCACUUCUGUAAAAGUAGCUUAAUCGUUUUUAGGUCUGUUUCUUUAAGAUCUUCGUUAUUAUGAGUGUAUUCAUUGCUGAUCCUGCUGUGAUCAUGCUUGAAAUAUUUCUAAGCAAGGUCCGGUUUCAAACCAUCUCUUAAUGCAUUAGUUUCUCAAGGUAUGGGUAUGCUCUCAGUAACUCGAUGAUAGUACUUAAAUACUUUUAAUGAAAUUUAACAUUAUGCAGCUGUUAGUGCUGUCUUAGACAAAUUUUAAGUCAUUCUGUUUGCUACAGUUUCCCGGUUUAAAAGUUUGAAAGCACUAUUGUUGCAAGCUCAUCUACAGCAUUUAUUUGUCUGAUUUCUGAUGAAUUUCAGCUAUAUUUUUAUCUGCAAAUGUAAAUAGUUUUAAUUCAUAUGCUCAACAAUCUAACCUAACCUCUGUGCAAAAUCUACCUCUUCUAGGCUGCUAAAUAUUUUAGGGUUUGGGAGCAACGAAUCCAUCAAGUGGUGACAGAAAUGGAGUGCUAGAAGUAAUCGACCGUUUUAAGACAUGAAAAAAUGCUCAGUUUUUUAGACAAUUUUUUUUUUUCUUUUUUUUAAUUAUUCUGAACAAUCCGGUAUUGACUGUUAAAAUUCUGAUUGCAAAUGCUUUACUUUGUCAAUCAUAGUUUUAUGUGUUUCUUUUGCAUGAUUUUUCUUUUUUUUCCCUCCUGUUUGUAUGUUUCAAGUAUUUAUUUCCAGUAACCUUUCUGAGACCUUUACAUAAGUUGAAUUUGUCCCACUUGUAUUUACUUAUUUAUUUGUUCGAUUGUGCAUAAAAUUUUCAAUUCAUCUCCCGUAUUAUCGUGCAGAUAAAAUGAUUUUGAAUACUUUUGACAAAUAUUCAGUUCAAAAAUUGAAAAAAGUGCUUCUAACUCUGAAAGAAGGACUUGUUAUCACAAAUUUUCAUAUCAAGCAAGCAAGCUAGAUCAAUCCAUUAUAGUAUGUUUUCAAUGUGGAGCAUAUAAUCUCUCUGAAAAAUAUAUUUUGUCGCUGGAGAUGCCUUAAUUUUCAAUCAAAAGGAAACUGAUACUUUAUUGUCUUUUCAAAUUGAUUCCCUCUUUUCAAAAUUACCACUAGACCAUCCAUAAUCCAUAUGCCUUAUCAAGAAAUUCUGAAAUACAUUUUUAUCAAUAUCUGUGAUAUAAGAAUUAAAUAUUUUAUCCAAAGAAUUUUUGACCUCCAUUAUUUUUGUAAAAUAGUAUUCGUCAGAAAAAUUCACAAGAUCCUAACGGAUAAUUUAUCACUCAUUGUCAGCUUCUAAAAGAAAAGGAGCCGAAAUUUUAUCGAUUCUUUUAUGUUAAUUCUACAUAUAUGCUAUCUAUAUUGCCUUUAGUUUUAAUUUUGAAAAGCAUUUUGUCUCUGAAGAAAAUGUGAAGUUUUCUGUAGUGAUUAACAGAAAUUUUGCUUCAAAAAUCAUGAAAUGAGUAACAAUUGACAAGCACCUUGAAUAAAUACCUUUUGAUGUGAUCAUCUGAAACAACUUAUGUAGUUUUUUAAAUUUACGCCUUAAGUUCUGAUUGUAGCCUUUUGUUAAUGCUCAUUCAUUUUUCUUAAAAUUAUUAGGAGUAGGGCUAGUUAGUUUUUAUUUUGCCAGUUGUUUUGGUGUUCCCAAUAAUUUUAAGGAUAUCAGGUUUGCAUUUUAUUCGGAAUACCUCUUGGAUAUGAUGAAAAACAAUUUUGCAUUUUUGUAAUUUACCAUAAUUUGCAUAAUCAUCAGUUCACAGUGUUCUGCCUUCCCCCCUAAAAUUUUAGGAGCCACCUUGGCUCAAAAGCUCAAUUUCUAGGAGCCAUCCACAAUUCUCUAGAGACUAAAUUUACUUUUUGCAUGUGCAUCAAGGCAGUGUGCGGUGUGUUGCGGCCGCUGCUUUGCAUUUGCAAAUCUGAAAAAUCGACAGGGUGCUUAAUCUUUUUACUUGCCACAAUAACCUACCCCCCCCCCCCUUGCACAUUUACAGACACAUUUGACACAUGGGAGAACACUGUUAUUUCCAUCAAUACACAAAGGUGAUAGAUAGGCACCAUCUGCUGCAACUGAUUUCUUUCACUUACCAUUUCAAUCCCCAUACUCUUCAGGACAACUAGAAUUGAACUUAGGCAAACAUUGAUCUCUUGAGGCCCCUUCUUCUUUAUUAUUUGAUGAAGUUAUAAUAAGUAUGUCUGCUUCGCACAAUGUAGGGUGAAUUUUUAAUUAUGUAUUAAUUUAAUUUAUUGCUUUAGCCAAAUAUUUUAAGUAAAUCUUAUGUGUUGACGUAUUGAAAAUAAAUUUUUUUUCUUACUUUCUUAGUA